CCAAGGAUAACGACGAGGACAAAAUGUCCUCAGCCACAAAUUUUCAAUCCGUCUUUUGCAAUAAAUUUGGAGCUAGAAGCCCUCACAAGUGCAUCACAUCCUUUUUCCUCGGUGCUCCUACACAUUAUAUGCAGCAAAAAUGGACUCUAUGCUGCAAGACCUAUCGCACUUGUCCGGAAUAAUCCGAGCCAUCUUCUUCCUAUCAAUCCUUGUCUUAUUCAAAUCGAGAUCGUCUAGCAAGCUCAAAACCCCUCCAGAAGCCGCUGGCUCAUGGCCCCUCAUAGGUCACUUGCUGGUGCUGGCGAAAUCGAAGCUUCCCCACAAGACCUUGGCGUCCAUGGCCGACGAGUACGGACCCAUCUUCACCAUCAGGCUCGGGAUGUUCCCAGCCCUAGUGGUGAGCAGUUCCAAGAUGGCCAAGGAAUGUUUCACCAAGAACGACCUUGCGUUGUCCACUCGGCCAAGGCUCUUGGCCCCAAAGAUCCUGGCCUACGACUACGCCAUGUUCGCAUUCGCGGCUUAUGGCUCGUACUGGCGCGAGGUGAGGAAGAUGGUCACCAUGGAACUGCUCACGAACCGGAGGGUCGAGUCAUUGCUCAACCCUAUUCUGGCCUCAGAAGCGGACGUGGCCAUUCGAGAGCUACACGAGCUCUGUAUUGAGAACAAGGAUGAUUCAGGCCGUGUCACAGUCGACUUGAAACAGUGGUUUGCAAAGUUGACUCUCAACGUGAUCAUCAAAAUCGUGGCCGGAAAGCGCUACCCUGGGACGGACAAGGAAGAGGAGCAGCGGUGCCACGAGGCCCUACGAGACUUCUUCCACUUCCUGGGGAUGUUUUUAGCGGCGGACGCUCUUCCUUUCUUGAGGUGGCUCGACUUAGGUGGACAUGUGAAGGCCAUGAAGAGGACCGCAGAAGAACUAGAAAAAAUUUUGGGUGGCUGGUUAGAGGAACGCAAGAGUAAUAGUAAGGAUUCAGGUGAGACCAACGGUGAGAGAGAUUUCAUGGACGUAAUGCUUUCGGUCCUUAACGACGAGGAAAUCGGAGGUUAUGAUUCUGACACCAUUAUAAAAUCUACAUGCUUGGCGAUGAUUGCAGGAGGCAGCGAUACCACGAUGGUUACCCUGACAUGGGCAAUCUCCCUGUUGCUUAACAACCUUCCCAUCCUGAAGAAAGCUCAAGAAGAGCUCGACGCUAGGAUUGGCAACCGGAGGCGUGUGAAAGCAGCGGACAUCGCCAGCCUAACCUAUCUCCAAGCCAUAGUGAAGGAGACCCUCCGUCUACAGCCGCCAGUCUCACUCUCUCCGCCGCGCCUCUUCACCGAGGACUGCACCAUCGGCGAGUACCACGUGCCCAAGGGCACGAGGUUGAUCGUGAACAUCUCGAAAAUCCACAUCGACCCUGGAACAUGGUCCGAUCCGCUGGAGUUCAGGCCCGAGAGGUUCUUGAGCAGCCAUAAGGACGUGGACGUGACGGACUCCAACUUUGAGCUCCUGCCAUUUGGAGGCGGCAGGAGAAUCUGUCCUGGGAUAUCUUUCGGGCUCCGGACGGUGCAUUUUCUGCUGGCUAGGUUCCUGCAUGCGUUCGAGAUAUCAACCUCAGGCGAUUCGCCGGUGGAUAUGUCCGAGAGUUUCGGGCUGACGACUAUAAAGGCGACCCCGCUCGAAGUUAUACUCAUGCCGAGAUUACCGGACGAGCUCUAUCAAUCGAGAUAAUCAGGAGUUGCAUGAAAAGGCUGAUGCGUUCGAGAUUGAAUUGCGAUGGCGGAUGUCAUUACUAUCGUUUACCACUUCCAUGCAUACUGUAUUACUGUGUGACCGGUCAUGUAUGGACGGACCCGGUCAUACUUUCCUUUCCCAUAUGCCAAUCCUACAGGUAUAGCCGUCGUGAAUAAGAUCUUACCA